UCAUCAUUAUCCAGAUCACUUAUAAGCCAAUCCAGCAACAACAACAGUAACCUCUUCUUUUGUGGUAGCUAGCAUCUCCCUUUAGUGCUCGUCUACUUCUACAACUUGACUUCAACACACGUCACAAUUCUUCCUCAACUAUUACCCUCAUCUAAACCCCCCACAAUACCGCAAAGAUGAGUGCGCAGAAGACCUCGGCCAUCGCUGACCAGGAGCCCAUUGACGUUCUCUUCGCCAUUCACGAAAAGUUCGAUCUUCUGGACUUUGCCGGCGCGCUCGAGGUCUUUACUACUGCUUCACACGAUUUCAAGGAUCCUGACAACAACAAGGCCUUCGAGGUCACCAUCGUCGGUCCUGAGCCCAAGGUCAUCUCCGACCAGGGCGUCGUCGUUGGCUCCCAGAUUUCUUACAAGGAGGCUCACGAGCGUCUUGAAGACUUUGACAUCCUCGUUGUCGUCGGCGGUAAUUCCAAGGAGGUCGUCGCCAAAGAGCUCCAGCCCCUCUCUCUCAUCACCGACUUCUCAGAACUUCAGAAGCGUGACCCUGCCCGCGAGCGUACCAUCCUAUCUAUCUGCACAGGUGCCCUCUUCCUUGGUAAGCAGGGUAUCCUUUCUGGCCUCUCUGCCACUACCCACCCCGACUUCUUCACUACCUUUGAGAACAUCUGCAGCGAUGCUGCUACUGUGAACCUCCAAGAACGCACCGAUGUGGUCGAGGACGCUCGCUAUGUCGUCAACAACCUUCGAUUCGAUCUCGGCGAAGACGAGAGCCCAUACAUCCGCCGCAAGUCCGAUGCCGGUCAGGGACGCCGCCCUUCGGCAGCCCGAAAGGGAAGCAUGUCAUUCAAGGAUUCCAACACCCGCCGUGAAUCCAUUGUGCGCCGCGCAGCUAUGCGACUUGGUGGUCUCCGGGUGGUCACAUCCGGAGGUGUCAGCUCUGGCAUUGAUGCAGCACUGUAUCUUGUCAGCGCUAUGAUCGAUGACUUUACUGCGUUGGAGGUGGCCAGGAUACUUCAGUGGACCUGGAACAAGGGCGUUGUCGUCGACGGUCUCGACGUCUAAGAUCCCUGGCAUUGAUUGCCGGCUUGUACGAAUUAAGAGUUUACGAGGGGCUCAGGCAUGGCCCUGAUUGAGACCAAUAUCUAUGUAUUUAAUGUAUUUGACUGAUGAGCGGGAGGAACCCUAAGAAAAUACCAAAAAGACUAGGAGCUCUCUAUUUAAUUCAAUUGUUUUGGUCGCCUUUCAAACUUUUUCGGGAAAGUCAGUCAAAGCGAAUUGAUCACUGAUAAUAACCAGAUGCCAUCCUGGGCUUAUUGGGUUCAUGACUGGGUCGGCGUUGAACUGCAGAGGUGGAGGUCAAAAUGUGACACUAAAAAGCCGCCAAAAGACAAAGAGCAAACGCCAAAGGGCAAUGACGUGUUAGAGCAGGCCCCACACAAGCUCGGGGAGCUCCAG